UUUUUUAGGGGACUUUUCCUAAAUCAUAAGGAUGAUAAGCAGAGAAGACAAAAGAAAUGAAGAGAGAAGGUUAAAACAAAACCUCUCAUCUGAGAUUUGACCUCAGAAGGGAAACCCUGGAGGUGAAGGCAUUGCAGAGAAGUAAAAGAAGGAAGUGUCUGUGUGACAAGAAAGCCACUUAACAAUGAAAAAAUUCACGCUGUUUGAUUUUGUAAAUGAUAAUUCACUGCAAAUUGGAGAGACUUCAUGGAUACAGGACCUUCCCUGUGAUGACAGCGAACUGGAAAGACUUCUGAAACCUAAUGAGCACGUACUAGUAAACUGGCCUGUGGGAGAAAGAAAGACAGAAAAGCACCUGGUGAAAGUUGUGUACAUGAGUGAUGACCCCCAAGAGCUGGUGGAAAUGAUGCAAAAGAUAUUACGAGCAGAUGAAAUCACAAAAAUACAAGUCCUUGGAAAAGGCAAAAGGAAGAGGAUAGAAAUGAUAUUCUCAGAAAGUGAGGAUAGUGACCUGGAUAAAGAAAAGGGGAAGAUGAUGAAACAUAUAAAAAGAAAGAAAUCAUUGCAGGCAUCUGCUCCUGCCAACAUCCUGAGUCAAUUUGAAAGAUCUUUAAUUAACAAACAGAGAGAACCAUAUUCAGGAAGCAACUUUCUAUAUAGUGAAAGUAGCAGUGAUGAUGAAGAACCAUUAUUUCAACUCUCCAAGGUAGAACUAUGUGCCAAAAUUAAAAGUCUCAAGAGGAAGCUGACAGAUACCAUGAGAGAAAACUGCCGCCUGAGGCAGUCCCUGGUGAUGCUUCAAGUGUUGCCACAGGCAGUCAGUCAUUUUGAGGAGCUGGUGGGGAUGGCUGAAGCACUGCUCAAAGGGGGAGUGAUGUCAUCUACACCCAGUCUGCAUCCACAUGCUGUUUGGAAGGCAUCUCACAAUCCAUUAGCAGAUUCCUAUGCAGCUAUGCAUAGUAACUCCAGCUCACCAAUAACUUUGAAUGUGGAAGAUGAGGAGCAACAGACUGAAAAACAGUUCAAGAUCGAAAAGUGGCAGAUUGCACUUUGUAACAAGAGCAAACCUCAAAAAUUUAUAAAUGACUUGAUGCAAGCACUUUAUACACAUGAAUACAUGGCUACACACAGCCUGACAGGUGCAAAGUCCUCCUCUUCAAAGGAUAAAGCGGCAAAACCAGCUAUGAAUCAGAAUGAAGUUCAGGAAAUCAUAGGAAUUACAAAACAGUUGUUUCCAAACACAGAUGAUGCUUUAAUUAGGCGAAUGAUGGGACAAAAACUGAACAACUGCACCAAGAAGCCAAUUUUAAGCAAAGAUCUUAACUCAGGUGCUUUUCAGAAACAUAGCUUUUGUGGUUCAACAGCUGCUCCUCAGGGCAUCAACUCUUCGGCUGUUCCUCCUUGUACACAAGACCAGCAGGAUGACGAUUCACCAGCUGCUAAUGCACAACUUCAGCAAAGUGACAGCUGCCUGCCUCCUCCAGCUCCCGCCCCAGAAGGUCAGCAGGAGUGUCCCAAACCCACUUCUUCUAAGGCGGAGUCUCAACUCGCCAGCAGCUCACCAGCGCCCUCUCCCAACCAGCGUUGCGGACAGGAUCUCAGGAAUUCAGACAAGGAAUAACAGAAGGUGUUUCAUUCCAGCUCACACGCUCAAUGGAGAAUAAGAAGCAGUAUAAAACGAAAAAUAAAUAAUAUCUAAAUUGUACUAGAUAUAUGGUAGUGACCAACAGUGGACAGAGAUAGAAGCCUGAGAACUUUUUUCUCAAACAAAUGAAAAUCCCAUAUUCUAGGAAAAAAAUGAAAGCAUAUUAAUAUCUUUGGAUUUAAAAUGUUAUAAGAUAUAUGCAUGUUAUGCAGUAAUUAAAACUUGUAAGGAAGAAUACAAGUAGAGUUCCCCUUAGUUAGAAAAAACCAUUAUUUAAAGUACUACCAAAAGAAUAUAUUCAAGGAACCAUAAUUCCCCUUGCUUUCACCUGGACAGCUGAGUGAAAAUUGCUUAACCAAUCAGAGAAAGCUAUUGUAUAUUAAUGCAAAAAAGAUAUAGUGAUAUGUAGAGAAAACAGAAAGAUCUCCCAGUGAAAUGAAGACUGUGGCCAGCACAGAAGUAGAAAGCACAGGGCCACAUGAGCAGGGAAGAAGAAAUAAAAUAGAUGUUUGAGGCUGCUAUUAACUUGGAAAACAAAAAAACUUUCUUAGGGCAAUGAAACUACAACUUUCAAUAUAUGCACAGGAAAGAAGCAGUUAUUUUUUAACCUCUCAAAGGGGAAAGACAAUGGAAGAAGCCAUGUUCCUUCGUAGCUCAGGGAAGAGUCCUCCAGGAGAGCCUGUUUAGUUACAGAAGCUAUUCUCCUACAGGGAUUCUGCUGCUGGUAUUUUGCUGGUUCUUACGCUCUUUUCUUCCAUGACCAUCAGGUACAUAGGAUAAGGGUGCCUGGUCCCUUUGUUGGGAAAUAGAGGACACUCCAGCAGAAGCAGCUAGUAAAGGACAGAGUUGCCUGCCAGCUUUUACUCCCUGUGUUUUGAUUUUGGUAUGCUACCCCUUGCUUAGAGAAGGGGUGGACAGGCAGAAUAUUCCUCAUGGGACUACAACCAGAAAAAUCCCAGUAUCUGGGCAGUUCCCCUUGAGAUCUCAUGCCAGUUCUUCCAGGAAGCAGCUGGCAGUCACACAAACCCUUUAAGAGCAUGAGGAGGAGGUGGAGUGGAAGGUACAGGUUCCCCAGGGCAGUGGUCACAGCACCAGCCUGGCAGAGUUCAAGAAGUGUUUGGAUAGUGCUCUCAGGCACAUAGUGACUCUUGGGGUCUCCCGUGCAGGGCCAGGAGACUCAGUGAUCCUGAUGGUCCCUUCCAACUCAGCAUAUUCUGUGGUUCUAUGGCUUUUUCUCCUUGUUUACUGAUUUCAGGUUUACAGUGUUCUGACAUGGGAAGAAGAGAAUGCUUGGGACAAUAGCUUUCCUGUUUGAGUGUACUUGUCCCAGAACUGAGAGUACUGUUAGCUGAAUCUAUUUCAAACAUGGCAAACAAGCAACUAACAAAUCAGGUUGGAGAAAUGAAAUUACAUUAAAUUGAAGAAAUCUAGCUUGAUUUAAGGAGGAUUUCAGUAUAUCUGAAUUACAGAAAUUAAUUAGAAAUAAUAUUAGAGUGAACACUGAAAAAAAAUCUGAAGAUAAGGUUAUCAGCCAAAUACUGCUGAAGGGAAGUGCUGCAAAUCUAACUGUUCUAGAGCAAGGCACUAAUAGAAUGCACUGUGGAGAAGACUUUUUUGUGGGCUGGGGUACAAAUUCAGUGAUUUGCUAUCCUUUUUCAUCUCUCACCCUACAAUUCCUUGUAGAUCAGAUCAGGAUGAAAGCAGGUAUGAAAUAUAUUAGUUCUAUCUCAUGCUAUUAACUACCAUCUAUGAAAUGUAACAGAAGGAUGUUUGCUAUUAUGUAAAUUUUGUAUAUGUAAUUGUAUGUACAGCAUAU